AUGACUGGCACAUGCAUUCAUCAGACGUGGAAGAAGCAACUGAGGGUGAAUACGCGGCAACAAACGGAUCGAGAUCCAGAGAAGAAGAAGAGAAGCGUUGGGACUAUAGAACAAAUGUCUAAGGUUGUGAAGCAAGAAGGAUGGGAUCGGCUGUAUGGAGGUUUAACUCCGUCCCUGGUCGGCACUGCUGCGUCUCAGGGUGUUUACUAUUAUUUCUAUCAAAUAUUCAGGAACAAGGCCGAAGCUGCUGCCCUUGAACGUAAGAAGAAAGGCUUUGGUGAUGGAUCAGUUGGAAUGUUCUCAUCACUCGUGGUGGCUGCUCUAUCUGGGUGUGUGAAUGUGCUGCUGACUAAUCCUAUCUGGGUAGUUGUGACUCGCAUGCAGACUCAUACAAAAAAGAGUUUACUGAAUCGAGGUGAAUCAUUAACUUUGGAGACUGAAUCGUUAUCUUCCAAAGAAGUAAUUCUUGCUGCUGCGGAACUUCCUCCUUAUGGAACUAGCCAUGCGAUUCAUGAAAUUUACGGUGAAGCUGGAGUCUGGGGAUUUUGGAAAGGUGUUUUCCCGACAUUGAUCAUGGUGAGCAACCCUUCAAUACAAUUUAUGUUGUAUGAGACUCUCUUGAAGAAGCUGAAGAGACAACGUGCUUCAAGUGGAAAGGCUAACAACGACGUUACUGCUUUGGAGAUAUUUUUGCUUGGAGCUUUGGCAAAACUGGGAGCUACAGUUGUAACAUAUCCUCUCCUUGUGGUGAAGUCGAGACUUCAAGCAAAACAGGUUACUGAUGGAGACAGAAGGCGUCAGUACAAAGGCACCUUAGAUGCUAUACUGAAGAUGAUAAGGCAUGAAGGAUUUUAUGGUUUUUACAAGGGGAUGGGGACAAAGAUUGUACAAAGUGUUCUCGCGGCUGCUGUCCUUUUCAUGGUUAAGGAAGAACUUGUCCGUGGGACUCGGUGGUUGUUAACAAGGGGAGCCAUUAACGUCAAAUCAAAGCCUAUAUAACAUCACUUUUUGGAUUCUCAAAGCAGGUAUAAUACCUUGCAAUAAACAGAAAUGCUAUUCAAAAUUAAAGAAUAAUAGAAUGUUCAGUGGUUGUAUUGUAUACUAAAUCAUCAUGCCCUUGUUAUUGAAUGGACGUUUCCCUUUGUUGUUGUUAACAGAUCAUCAAACAUUUGGUACAAUUAUUCAA